CCGGACACAUGCCGGGCCACCACACGGGGCCCUGGGCGAGAGCCUCCCGGGGUCGCUUCUAUCCUGCAAUCAGAAUGUGCUCCGAUCAAUCUAUACUCUGACACGAGCGACUCAUGUUCAUCUCCGCCGAACUAGCUCGCGGGGCCAAGCCCAAACAAACAUGCAGGUCAUUUUCUCCAAAGCAAGAAUAUGCCAGGCCCGGAGAAUUUCAUGUAUAUAAGUCUCACGACAACCGCCUGCGUCAAGAGCAUGAAGAGAUAGUUCAGGCAGGCACUUCGUCUCGGAUCUACUCCCACGCUCCACUUGACCCAGCACCUUUAGCAUUCUGCUUGUCCAUCUUUGACUUCCCUUCAGAGUACAAAACAACCAGUCAAUAUGCGUUCCGCUGUCCAGUCUGUGGUUGUGGCCCUAGCCCUGGCCAUCUCCUCGGUCAAUGGCGCUGCCACCACGACUCUGCCCGCUUCCAAGGGUGCCGUUGCCACCAAUGCUCCCAUCAAGGUCAGCGGCUCCUUUGACGGUGGCAUGAAGAAGUACGACCGUUCACCUGCUGUUUGCCAGGGCCAGAGCGAGACCGGCGAGAAGGAUGCCAUGUUCAUUCUCGAGGCCGGUGCCACUCUUUCCAACGUCAUCAUCGGUGCUGGCCAGGCAGAGGGUGUCCACUGCAAGGGCACCUGCACGCUCAACAACGUCUGGUGGGCUGACGUUUGUGAGGACGCCAUCACUCUCAAGCAGUCCUCGGGAACAUCCUACAUCAACGGUGGCGGCGCCUUCAAGGCCUCCGACAAGGUCGUCCAGUUCAACGGCUUCGGAACCGUCCAGAUCAAGGACUUCUUCGCCAACGACUACGGCAAGCUCGUCCGCAGCUGCGGCAACUGCAAGGAGAACGGCAAGGCCCGCAACGUCGUCAUCUCGGGUGUCGUCGCCAAGAGCGGCGGCGUCCUCUGCGGCAUCAACACCAACUACGGCGACACCUGCACAAUUACCAACUCGUGCCAGAACAGCGGCAAGUCGUGCGACCGCUACACCGGCAACAACUCCGGCGCUGAGCCGCCCAAGAUUGGCUCCGGCCCUGACGGCAAGUACUGCAAGGCCACUGGCUUCACUAGCAGCUGCUAAGCUGUUGGUAAUCUGCAUGGGACAAGACUCCCUAUGGUGAUCCUGAAAGGAGUCGCUAGAGAGAUCCAGAAGGCCCGAAGAGAUGCUUGACACGAUAACGAUGAGAGAUGUCUGUUGCCAACGAG